AUAAGGUGUUGACUACAAUAGUUCACCUCACACCCAAUAACAAUCGGGUGCAUUCUUGGAUUCAGAUACUCCCGCGCCCCCUUCCUCCCUGCUCUCUCAAGUGACCACCGCCCGUCUCCGACGAAACUCCGGUGACCACCGUGCCGGCUUCUCUCCGAGAGACCAACCGCAGAUUAUACCCAUUUUGAUUCAGCGCGCAGCGUUUCGCGAAUUGGAUAUACUCUGUAUCUGAAAGACUUUGCGCUCAAUUUUUAGACUGAAGGAAUGGCUUUAUUCGUUUCAACCGAUUGUUUGCUUCCUACCCGUCACUCUAUGCUUGGAUUUGUGAAUCAUGAUGGCCAAGAUCGUUCUUUUGGGGGUAGUAAUAUCUUGCAUCUCCAAAAGGCUCUGAAAAGCUCAAGCGCUCUCUCAUUUUCGCUUUCUUUGCGAGAAGUUAAGCAACAGGUUCAGAGCAAGGGUCGAUCAUCAUUUUCACAAACCGCUGCUGUGAGGCAUCUAACAGGUUCUGUUACAAGAGCUCAGGGACUUCGUUUUGCUGUGGUUGUUGCACGGUUUAAUGAAAUCGUCACCAGGCCGCUCUUGGAGGGAGCUUUAGGGGCUUUCAAGAAUUAUUCAGUUCAAGAUGAGGACAUUGAUGUUGUGUGGGUUCCUGGUUGUUUUGAAAUUGGUGCUGUUGCAACAAGUCUGGGUAAAUCAGGCAAAUAUAACGCAAUUGUAUGCAUAGGAGCUGUGGUACGAGGAGAUACAACCCACUAUGAUGCAGUUGCUAAUUCAGCAGCAUCUGGAGUGCUUUCAGCUGGUCUAAACUCAGGUGUUCCAUGCAUAUUUGGUGUCCUAACAUGUGAGAACAUGGAUCAGGCUCUAAAUCGAGCUGGUGGCAAAUCUGGGAAUAAGGGUGCUGAGGCUGCAUUGACUGCUAUUGAGAUGGCAUCUUUGUUCGAGCACCAUCUGAAGUAAUCAUAGCGUUGGAAGGACGUGUUAAUCUUUAUUUUCAACUCCAGACUGCACUGCAUGUGUUGUUUUAUAAGAGAUAUGCAUUCUCAUGUUGCCACAAACUAUUGUGGUUUCUUCCUUUUUUUGUUCAAAUUCAAACUAUUUCGGGUUAUAAUAAGCAGAAGAAUAAAACUUUUUUUUUA